GGUAACCACAGCAAACAAAUGGAUUCUUAGCUCAGCUGGGUCGUCAUAUUCCUAAUUUGUGCCAAUAUUCGACGAUUUAGACCAAUCCAGGACCCACAAGGACAUCUCAAGAGAUCCAUAAUUAUCUAGAAACGUACUUUUUUCACAAUUUUUGGCAUAUACUCGUGUCGCUAAUCAGAUUUAAUUGUAACCCUUUUCUGCGGAAGUUAAUAUUCGAGAUCCAGAAAACAUGAGCGUGAGAAGUGUUUUGAGUGAACUUGAAUGGGAUGAAGGCCUCAGCAUGCCUGUCGCCAAUAAGGAAAACAAAUUACUUGAAGAUGAGGUCCAGCAGAAACAACGGGACAUCAUCCGCUACCAAAACGAAGUGGCCGACAAUGAUGACCGCGUCCAUGCCAUGUCCGAACACAUGAAGAAUGUCAUGCAAGAGUUACAACAUACCCAGGCAUUGCUUAAAGCCAGGAAAAAUGAGGUGGAGACAGAGCGACAUUUGUUGCUGAUAGCUCAACGAGAGGAAGGUAGGCUUCGUCAGGAGACUAUACGACUGGAGAAUGAGCUAGCAGAUUUGAAGGAGAAAAGGAAUAUGUAUGAGAAUAACAUCUUCAAGCAAACCCAGAAACUGGAGGAGCUUAAGUCACAGAUGAGUUGGGAUCAGCAGGCGUUAGAAGCAUGGCUGGAAGAGUCUGCAAGGAAAGAUGAAGAUGCCAUGACGAUUGCAAAAUAUACACGUAUGGAUGAUGCUAAAGUUAAGGAAUUAUCCUUGCGAAUGGAGAGACUGACUGACGAGCAGCGACGGAAGCGGAAAUUGUUGAAUCAUGAAACAACAGAGACAUUAACAGCUCAGCUUGAGCUAGACAAAACUGCUGAAGAGUUCCGUAAGGCCCACAACGAUCGUCAGCAACUUAUCCAUCAAUGGGAGCAAACAAUUGAACAAAUGCAGAGAAGAGACAAGGAGAUGGAUCAGUUAGCUGCGGAGCUUGCAAAGGUCAAAGCCGAGGUUCGAUCAAGACAUGAAGUAGUGAAAGAGAAACAACAGUUCCUUGAGAAUGAAAUGGAGAAUAACCAAGAGAUGGAAAAGAAGAUUGGUAGUACAGACCGCAUAGCUGCUAAACUGAGAAUUGAUUAUCAACAACAGGAAUCUCAACGAAUACAGUUCUCUGAUGAGCUUGAUACUUUGAAGUUCACCGUAGAAAGAACUGCAAAUGAUCUGGAGAGUAUGAGGAAACAGGUUGGUGAUUUAAAAAAAGAAGUUGAAGACAAAGUGAACCACCUUGGUAAUGCUAAAGAUCUUCGAGAGCAAUUGCAUGAGAAACUACGAUACACCACCGAGGCCAAACUGACCGCUGAGGAGAGAGCCAUGAUGAUGGACAAACUUCUGUCAGACGAGGAGAACAGUCAGAGACUGAUUGACUCUGAGCUCAAAAGACUGCGUGAGAUUCAGUUCCGCAAAACCCAGGAGUUGUUUCAAGCUAAAGCGAUGGAGAAGAACGCGAAUGCCGAAAUUCGUGGGUCACGAGCUGCAAGUCGUAAUCUUAGUAGCAGAAUUGGCAAGUUAGAUCAUGAUUCACUGAAACAGCUAGAAAUUAUUUACAACCAGGACUUCCAAAUUCAACAACUUGAGCGUAAAAUAUCUCGCAUGCAAGGUGAGCGUAGCACAGAGGAAAUGGACCAGCUGAACUUGAAGAUCCAAGAAUUGACUAGUGUGUUGAAUGACCGAAAUGAUGUGCAUUCAUUGCUGAGUUUGCAGUUGAAAAGACUUCAGGAUGAUAUACGCCGUGUGAAACGCGACCUGGAUAAGAGUGGUAACGAGAAGGCUGACUUGACAAGCAAAAUUGAGGAGUUGAAUCUGCAUAAUGAUAGCUCGCAACGAGAAUUGAAGAAGAUUAUCAGAAACAAAGAGGACUUGAUGGUUGACGAGAAUAUUUUAAAGCUUGAGAUCAAGCGAUUACGUGACAACCUGAAUAGCAAAGCAGACACUGUGUUGUCACUGGAGAAAAGACGACUACAACUUAACACGGCAAUGAAAGAAAGGCGUCAAGAGAUUAAUAUUCAUUACGACAUGCUGAGAGCACAGCUAAAAGCUGCAGACGAGGAGAAAUCAACCGUCAGUGCAGAGUUACAUGAAAGAAUUACAAAAAUCGAUAAGCUGAGAAAAAGGUAUGUAAAAAUCAAAAGCACAUGUCACAAUCAGGGAUUUGAUAAAGCAUUAUUAUUUUGUAAAACCAACUGUCGUUACUUGCAGGCCGCUCAAGAGAAGGAAGAGUUACAGAGAGAAGGUGAUGAUUUGGAUGCUAGGAUACGCAAGGCAGAAAAAGAAAUUCGUGCUCUGGAGAAUACGUUACGACUCAUGAAUGGACGUAAUGAACAAUAUCGUAAAAGUUUUAAUAAAGUCACUGAAACUAGCGAGGAGUACGAAGAGAAGCAGAGACUAGAGGAGCAAAUCAGAGCUGUGAUGGAUAAGUACAAAUACAAAAGACGACAAAUCCGUGAGUUGCAGGAAGAUUUGCAGAUGAUGAGUAAUACGCUGGAUAAUUUGAACCGAGAUGAGAAUGCCUAUGUGGAAAUGAUUGAAGAAAAACAGGAGAAAAUUGCUCAGCUAAACAAGGAUCUUGAAGACCAGAAGCAGAAGUUGGAACGCGUUGCUAAACAGACGGCCAGAUAUGCCAGGGAGAUAAGAACAUCUAAGAAGAGUAAAGGAGCGACCCACGAAGAGCGUGAUUUUGAGCUGCGAGAAUUGCGUGACUUCAACAAGGGCGUGAUUCGCCAAAUCGGUGAAGUGGCACACAACUAUCCAGACAUCGGAUCAACUGUGCAAAUGCUUUUUUCACAGGCUGGUUUACCUCCUCCCCCGCCACCGAGUACCACUGGAAGAAGUGCAAGUUCACGGCUGUAUUCUUCUGGUAGUGCCCGUAGCUGGGACAGUCAGUCAUCAGCUAGGACGCCAUCAUCUGGGCGUAGUUUAGCAUCGAGUAGAGCUACUAGUACUACAGCUGCCAAGGUCGACAUUGGUGGUGAUUUCGGUGUCAGUGGUAGUGGCAUGGCCUCUCCUAAAGGUAAAAAAUCUCCAUUUGGUACUCCGUUGGGUACACCAAAAGGUACACCAAAAGGGACUCCGAAAGGAACUCCAAAAAACACACCACCUGGUAGCCGACAGGGAUCCAGACCUGGUAGUGGUGCUAGCAGUCGGGCCAGUGCACGUAGUGCAAGAUCUUAAAAACAUAAAUCAAUCCCCCAACAUUCCGGUUGAAAUUGACCAAUCUACUUGUAUACAAGUUAAACUAGGAAUGAUUUCAUUAGACUUAAAUUCCUGUUAUUUUAAAUGCAAGUUAUCUGAAAUGUCCCUGUCUAUUGAAAUGAAUAUAUCAUUGCGUUGUGUUUUGUGCCAGCUACUAUUGUAAUAUAGUGUAUAAAAUGAACAUGUUUUCUUUUUGUUUGUACAUUUACCUGUUACUGACUUAAUAUUAAUAAAAAGAUAAUUGAUG